CUUUGGAACCGGAAGUAGUGUUUUGGCUUUUCCGGUUGUAAAGAUGUCUCCGUCCUUGUUCAAUUUUGUCGACGCUAAAGAGAAAUUUACGGCUGCUGCUAGACAUGCACUGGGUGGUAAAACCUGCAAACAGUUAGUUAAUGUGUUUAAUCAGAUCCCCGGAAAUGAAACAGAAAAAAAGACCACAUUGGACCAGGCUUUGAGAGGUGUUCUUGGGGAUCAGAUUGAAGAGCAGAAGGCAAACUGUGAUGACUACCUGUCUCUCAUUGACCUGAGUAUCCACGCUGUUACUGAGGGUAUCUGCUCGGCCACAGCUCCUUUUGUCCUGCUGGGAGACGUGCUGGACUGUCUUCCUCUUGACCUUUGUGACAAAAUAUUCUCUUUCGUGGAGGAAAAUGUCUCUACGUGGAAAUCGAACUCCUUUUAUACCGCAGGGAAGAACUAUUUGCUGAGGAUGUGUAACGAUCUUUUAAGGAGGCUGUCCAAAUCUCAGAACACAGUAUUCUGUGGAAGAAUCCAGCUUUUCCUGGCCCGGCUCUUUCCUUUGUCGGAAAAAUCGGGCCUCAACCUACAGAGCCAGUUUAACUUGGACAACGUGACAGUGUUUAACAAAAAUGAACAGGAAACCACUCUUGGACAGAAGGCGGAUGAAAAAGAAGAUAGUAUGGAGGUGGAGGAAGGGGAAAUGGGGGAGGAUGAUGCUCCUGCACCAUGUUCUAUUCCAAUCGACUACAACCUGUACAGAAAGUUCUGGAUGUUGCAGGACUACUUUAGAAAUCCAUUGCAGUGCUAUGAAAAGUUCUCAUGGAUAACAUUUGUUAAGUACUCAGACGAGACCCUUGCAGUGUUCAAGAGUUACAAGCUGGACGACAUGCAGGCUUCUAAGAGGAAGAUGGAGGAGCUGAGAGGAUCUGAUGGGAAACAUGUUUAUUUUGCCAAGUUCCUCACAAGUGAGAAGUUGAUGGACUUACAGCUCAGCGACAGCAACUUCAGGCGUCACAUCCUGGUACAAUAUCUCAUCCUCUUUCAGUACCUGAAGGGGCAGGUCAAAUUUAAAAGCUCCAGCUGCGUUUUGAAUGACGACCAAAAUACAUGGAUUGAAGAYACAACAAAGCUGGUGUAUCAGCUGCUGAGAGAAAUUCCUCCUGAUGGAGAUAAAUUUGCCACCAUGGUCGAGCACAUCCUCAACACAGAGGAAAACUGGAACGCCUGGAAAAAUGAGGGAUGUCCGAGCUUUGUCAAAGAAAGAACAGUAGAUGAGAAACCUAAAAGGCCCACCAGGAAAAGACAAGCUCCAGAGGACUUCCUUGGAAAAGGGCCAGACCGCAARCUUUUCAUGGGAAAUGAUGAGUUGACUCGACUGUGGAACCUGAACCAGGACAACAUGGAGGCGUGCAAGGCACACAGCAGAGAGUUCCUGCCAUCUCUGGAUGAGUUCUUUGCUGAAGCCAUUGAACAGGCUGACCCAGUCAACAUGGUGGAGGAGGAGUAUAAGGUUGUGCGUAACCCCAACUAUGGCUGGCGGGCUUUGAGGCUGCUGUCCAGGAGAAGUCCACACUUCUUUCAGCCGACCAACCAGAAGUUUAAAAGCUUGGCCGACUACCUGGACAGCAUGGUUAGCAAACUGGCCAAAGAGCUACCGAAAGAUAUUCCCUCUGAAGAAAUCAAGACUGAUGAAGAGGACGACGACGAUAAUGGAGACAAUCUUCUGAAAGACAGCAAUGAUAGUCCGAGCAUUCAGAGCAAACUGGUGACAAACCAGCAGAUGGAUGACAUUGCAGCCAAACUGGGUGCUGAGUGGAAGACGCUGGCCUCUCAGCUGGAGAUGAACGCCGCCGAUUUGCGGGAAAUCGAGACGGACAGCGAGGAUGUCGACAUGCAGGCUAAACUUCUGCUGGUGGCCUGGCAGGACAGAGAGGGAACACAAGCUACUGUGGAGAACCUGGUCACAGCUCUGAACGCUGCAGGCUUCUCACAGAUUGCAGACAGCCUCAAUGAGUCCUAAAACUCUUUGUUGCUGAAUCUGUUCAUGUUUUUGAAGCAUCCUUUAUCAUGCAAAAGCUGUUGGAUAUACAUUUUGUAUGUAUUGUAUGUUCAGGAUUUUUCACUAGAAAUCUAAUAAAGUUUUUUUUAUAUA